AGAAGAAGAAGAAGAAGAGGAGGAGGAGGAAACAGAAAAUGGCGGACGGUGUUGACCACAUCGAUAUUUACGCCGAUGUAGAAGAGGAAUUUAAUCAGGAGUCAGAUUAUCCUGUUCAUGAGCAGAUUGACCUGUAUGAUGAUGUCAUCUCACCAUCUGCCAACAACGGGGACGCACCUGAGGACCGAGAUUACCUGGACAACCUGCCUGCACCGGGAGGAUCCGAGGGGAACAAAGGAGCUCCGCCGAACGUCGUCUACACCUACACUGGCAAAAGAAUCGCUCUGUACAUCGGCAACCUCACAUGGUGGACCACUGAUGAAGAUUUGACCGAUGCUAUUCGCUCAAUAGGCAUCAAUGAUGUGCUGGAGAUCAAGUUUUUUGAGAAUCGAGCAAAUGGCCAGUCAAAAGGGUUUGCUCUGGUCUGCGUGGGUUCAGACUCCUCAUCCAGGAAGCUGAUGGAUCUGCUGUCCAAACGGGAGCUGCACGGACAAAACCCGAUUGUCACCCCUUGCAACAAACAGUCGCUCAGCCAGUUUGAGAUGCAGUCGCGAAAAAUUUUUGUCCACCCAGGCACACAGUCCGGGCAGAUGUCGGGAGAGGGGAAGGCCGGGCCUCCAGGCAUAGGAUCUCGCAGUGGCUUCCCUCUUGGCAAGAAUCGAGGGCGCUUUCCCACCCCACCUGGCCCGGGAGGAGACCGCUUUCCUGGACCUGGUGGACCUCCACCACACUUCUCAGGUAUGCAAGGCCCCCCGCGUCCUCCCACAGGCCCACCUGGGCCUCCAGGACCCCCUGGCCCCCCUCUACCUGGACAAGGUCUGCUGCCGCCCCUUGGAGGUCCUCCUAACAGAGGAGACCGUCUUCCUCCACCCGUCAUGUUUCCUGGUCAGUUUGGUCAGCCUCCUAUGGGACCGAUGCCUCCUGGCCCGCCCCCACCUGGAUACGGGCCUCCCCCAGGCCCCCCUCCACUUCAGCAGGGACUGCCCCCUCCGGGACCCUUCCCUCCCCGUCCACCUGGGCCCUUAGGACCCCCGCUUGGCCUCGUGCCUCCACCUCACAUGCAGGGACCCCCGCCUGGAGGUCCACCCACGGCCCCUCAUGUCAACCCGGCCUUCUUCCCACCGCCUGGAAACAACAACAUGCCAUCGUCCGACAGCAGGGGCCCACCCCCGGGUGACAUGUACGGCCGCCCUCCUCCAUAUGACAGAGACUAUGGCCCUGGCGGCAGGGACAUGGAUUCGUCUCGCACUCCUCUGAGCGAAGCUGAGUUUGAGGAGAUCAUGAAUCGUAACAGAGCGAUCUCCAGCAGUGCUAUCUCAAGGGCUGUGUCAGACGCAAGUGCAGCUGAUUACGGCAGUGCUAUAGAGACUCUGGUGACGGCCAUCUCUCUGAUCAAGCAGUCGAAGGUUUCUGCUGAUGACCGCUGUAAAGUUCUCAUCAGCUCACUGCAGGACUGCUUGCAUGGAAUCGAGUCCAAAUCCUAUGGCUCUGCAUCAAGACGGGAACGGUCCAGGGAGAGGGACCACAGUCGCUCUAGUGAGAAGCGUCACCGCAAGUCUCGCAGCCGAGAUCGACGCGAGGACUAUUACAGGGAGCGCAGCCGCGAGAGAGACCGCCAUCGUGACCGUGACCGCGAGAGAGACAGAGAACGUGAGCGGGAGUAUCGCCGUUAGUUGGAGAGGAAGCUGAACGCAAGAGGAGGAGGAGAGACGUCAGGAGCAACGUGGAUUCAUCCGACAGCGUCACGGAGAGCGCCGGACUCCGGACACACUCUGCAGCGCUAGAGUUCUGUAAAAUAUUAUAUACUCACUCUUAAUUCCUGACGGCUCUUUUUUAUUUUUUACUUUUAUUUGGAAGUAGCUGUGUGCUAAAGUCAGUUCAGCAAGAGAAUUUUUUGCCUGCUUGUUCGAAACACAAAACAACUUUCCAACUACUAUAAUGUUGUAAAUUGUCAGUUAGCUAGAUUUGUUUUUAUAGGAUCCUCUUUUUGGUUUCAUGUUUCUUCCAUUUUCCCUCGUCAAUAUAAUAUUUGUAAGUGUCUUUUGCCUUGAUUAUUAAAUAGAAUCUGUGUUGUAAUAAAGCGUGUACUGGGGUUGUUGCCUGUUUAUAUUUGAUCUGCUAGUUUGGGUUACUGGGUUGAACAUUUAGCCAACCAACUGUUUAUUUAUAGUUCAGAAUUGCACAUUUCCAAAACUACUACUACUACUUGAAUAUCAGAUUAAUUGGUUUGAUUUCAGAAACACAUUUCAGGUUGUUUGACAUCUUAACUUUCUAUAGUCACUGUGCCAUUGUGCCUUUUCCAAUUUUACCCAAUUUUAUGAGGUUUGGAUUAUGGAUUAAUUUGUGUAGUAUCUGUGUAAUUCCUGUUCACAUUCUAAAUUAUUUGCCAAUUCAUACAGGGUUUAAAUUUUCAGUGGUUUUCUUGAUUGUAAUUGAAGCUCUACAAUUCAAAUCUAAAAUAUGCUCAAUUUUUAUAGUCAUUUUUGUGUUAAAAUCAGGUAUGUUUAGUAAAUAUGAUCAGUACAAAAUAUUCUGCAUUUGUAAUGUCUGUCUGACAUCCCUGCUGCCGAUGUGUGCAUUGAUUUGUGUAUAUAUCCAAUCUUCGUGUGUGUGUAUAUAUAGGACAUAAUGUACUUUGUCCCUCAAUAAGUCUCCUCUUAUGUUUGAUUCUGCUAGAUUUAGAUUGAAAAGUUCACCCAGAAAUAGAAAUAAUGCGGUAUUUACUCACCCUUAGUCCAUCCAAGAUGUAGAUGAGUUGUUUCUUCAUCAAAACAGACUUGGAGAAAUUUAGCAUCACAUCACUUGCAGAAUAUUAUUGGAGGAAUCAUUUGAAGUUAAAAAUGUCUUGAUUUGUUUCUUACAAAAUUGUAGCU